GCCGCCGGCGCCCCGCGGUGCGCGCCUAUCGCCCGGACCCGCCGCCGCCCGCUCGGCGCUGACACCCAGGCGCGCCCCGCGCGUCCGCGUCCCCGCCCGGCAGCGCCGCGGAAGAUGGCGAGCCCGGUGCCCCCGGAGCACGCCAAGGAAGGAUGCCCGGCUCGGGCCGAGGAGGAGCAGCAGGCGCCGCGGCCCCCCACGCCCCGGGCUGCCCGCGAGGAGGAGCAGGAGGCGGCGGCCACGCAGGAGGAGGAGGAGGUGGCGGUGGCGGCGGCCCGCGCGGGGCAGCAGGUGGAGGAGGCCGCGGGCCGGGUGGCCGCCGCGGUGACCUGGCUGCUCGGGGAGCCGGUGCUGUGGCUGGGCUGCCGCGCCGACGAGCUCCUGAGCUGGAAGAGGCCGCUGCGCAGCCUGCUCGGCUUCGUCGGCGCCAACCUGCUGUUCUGGUUCCUUGCAUUGACUCCAUGGAGAGUGUAUCACCUGAUUUCAGUCAUAAUGCUUGGGCGUGUUAUUAUGCAAAUAAUAAAGGAUAUGAUUUUGUCUAGAACAAGAGGUGCCCAGUUGUGGAGAAGCCUCAGUGAAAGCUGGGAAGUUAUUAAACCAGAGGAAAGACCCAGACUCAGCCACUGUAUUGCAGAAUCAUGGAUGAACUUCAGUGUAUUUCUUCAAGAAAUGUCUGCUUUUAAACAACAGAGCCCCGGCAAGUUUUGUCUCCUGGUCUGCAGUGUGUGCACAUUUUUCACAGUCUUGGGAAGUUACGUUCCUGGGGUUAUACUCAGCUAUCUAUUGUUACUAUGUGCGUUUUUGUGUCCACUUUUUAAGUGUAAUGAUAUGGGACAAAAAAUAUACAGCAAAAUCAAGUCAGUUCUGCUGAAACUAGAUUUUGGAAUCGGAGAAUAUAUUAACCAGAAGAAACGUGCGAGAUCUGAAGCAGAUAAAGAAAAAAGUCCCAAGGAUGACAGUGAAUUAGACUUUUCAGCUCUUUGUCCUAAGAUUAGCCUCACGGUUGCAGCCAAAGAGCUCUCUGUGUCUGACACGGAUGUAUCAGAGGUUUCCUGGACUGAUAAUGGAACCUUCAACCUUUCCGAAGGGUACACUCCGCAGACAGACACUUCUGAUGAUCUCGACCGACCUAGUGAACGUGAAGUCUUCUCUCGAGACCUUUCGGAUUUCCCAUCUGUGGAAAAUGGUACAGGAACAAAUGAUGAAGACGAAGUAAGCCUUGGCUUGCCCGUUGAGCUCAAGAGAAAAAAGGAGCAGUUGGACAGUGUCCCCAGGCCCAGCCAAGGGAGGCAGUCGGCAGCUGGUCUCACUCUUCCUCUGAACAGUGACCAAACCUUUCACUUGCUGAGCAACCUGGCUGGGGACGUCAUCACAGCCGCGGUGACUGCUGCUGUCAAAGACCAGUUAGAGGGUGUGCAGCAAGCACUUUCUCAGGCAGCGCCCAGCCCAGGAGAGGACACAGACACUGAAGAAGGUGAUGACUUUGAGCUACUUGACCAGUCAGAGCUUGAUCAGAUUGAGAAUGAAUUGGGACUUACGCAAGACCAGGAAGCAGAUGCACAGCAAAAUAAGAAGUCUUCAGGCUUCCUUUCAAAUCUACUGGGGGGCCAUUAAUCUGGCAGUCAGCUGGCAACCGAACAAGAUAAACCACCAAAAAAUUUCAAACAAGCAAAAAAAAAAAAAAAGAAAAAAAUGAAAAAAAAUUUGAACUGUGAGCUUUAAUGAUUACUUUAGAUUUUGUCUUAUUUUUCCCUUCUGCAGUGAAUUAAUUGGAUAUAUAUCAGCUGACACUGAUAGACUGAUAUUUCUGAUAGUUAUUUUUAUGUAAUAAGCAUGGAAAACUUUAUAUAUGUAUAUAUACUGUGGUGUCAGAGAUAAAGAUUAGAGGUUGUUUUUAAAACAAAAAGAAAAAAAAAAAACACCACCACCAAAUUGUUGAAAUCCUUCUGUAAGUAUUCUUCAUUUUUCUUCAUAAUUAAUUUUUCAAGCAUGCAAAACAAGUUUAUUGUUACUCACUGACAAAUAUUGACAAUUAAUUGUGAGUACACGCUGUAUCAGCUCCCUUGUUCCUAAUACUUGGAGACAGUUAAACAAAACAAAACUUUUGGUGGAAUUUGAUGUCAAAAGAGAAAAAUGACCAAAAUAUCUUUAGUUGAAGGACUUGAGAAAUACGAUCAAAAUUAAUUUCCUAGGAAAAAUUUAAAAAACAUAUUUAACUCCUUUGGAUAGGCUGAUACAUUUCCACGUUAUUUCUGCAGUUGUAGACUUAGGCUUCUUGUACAGUGGCGUGCUCCAUUAGCCGCCAUCUCUAGUCUUGCGGUGGGUGGCGUUAACCCAGAGAGUGCAGGUAGUUGCAUAUCACACAGAUGCAGGUUAGGAUGUAUCCAGGGGUUCUCCUGUUUUGUCAUUCAUUUGUCCUACAGACAUUGUCAGUGCAGAUGUAUUCUGCUUGCUCAGACCCAGCUUACACCCUCAUCUUCUAUAGUUAUGUCCUGGAAAAAGGUUCCUAAAAUUGUGAAACUGGUUCCUGAUAUGUUUUAUGAGUGACGUGGUCAUCGGCGAUAGAGAAAUAGUUAAUAACCCUGUUGUCUUGGUCUGAAUAGUUAAAGGCGAGGACUUACUUGGCUUUUUAGGUGUAUUUAUUUACCAUUGAAGUCUCAAUAUAUAACUGAUUUCUUAUAAAGAAGCUAGAAUAUAUAUUUUUUGCUUUAUUUUAAACGUUUUAGAUCACCUUUAAAUAACCAAAUCUGGCUUACAGUUUUUAAUAAAGGACUAAAAAGAGAAAUCAAGCUAGUUUUGUCACUGUGAUAUAAACUUUUAGUAGUAUUGAGGGACCAUGUCAGCAACUACCAAAACUCUGGCAUUGCUGCAGAUGUGUAGACAUCUGAGACCCUCAGAAAGGAAGGAUAAUCCAAGAAUAUAGGAAAUCUAUUUUCCUCUCCUUUCAUUUCAUCCCUUCUUAUAUUUCUAAAGACUAAUUACAGGUAAUGCGAUGUUUCAAUGUAGUAUGUUUAUUUAUUUUUUCUUUCUGAGGUGUUAACGUAUCUAGACUGAAUUUUGCCAAAUGUUAAAGGAAGAAAAGUUAUUGAAGAUUUUGGACACUUGCUUUUUGUGAUCGCCUAUGCUUACAUGUCAUUAGUGCCUCAUGACUGUGUUUGACGUCCUUUAUUGAUACAAAGUGAGCCUGUGCCUUCAUUAUCUUGCCUAUUUUGGUACAAAUGAAAGCUUGGUGUUAGAUCUAUGAACUGUGUGGUUUUUGGAGGAAUAUACCUGAAUUCCAUUCAGUCAGAGUUUCUGGACAUGAAGAAAAGUACAGUCACAUAUUUAUAAAAUACCCGUUAUUGGGUUUCUUUUUUCUAAGCGUGUGUUUCUUCAUUUAAAAACUAUUCAUGGCUGUGAAGUCACAAAGGUUAAAGGUCAUUUCAGUUUCUUCAUUGAGACAAGAUGUUAAAUAAUCAUGGUAAUUAACGAAUAUGUCACAAGUCACUGAAUAAGCUUGCAAGAAGAUAAACUCAAGGGAUGAUAAUGUGUGAUGAUAGUAUGAACAGUAAAGCUAGAAUAAAAUGUUAUAAAUAUAAAUUAAAGGGAGUUCAGGAACGGGGAGGUUGAUAGGGUAGAAAACUAUGUUCCCAGUACUGUGGAGGAAACAUACCAGCUCUAUAUAGCCCAUAACAUGUUAACUAUAUAUGCACUUUGAUUUGUCAAGAAUAUGUGUGAAUACAAAUUUAUACAAUACAAUAAUACUCUUCUCAAUACUUUUAAUUCAAACACUUGAAUGUUGAGGGUUUUUGUUUUUGUGUGUGUUUUUUCAGGGAUAAGAGGUGUUGCGUGUAUUACUGUGUCUGAUUUUAAAAUAUCAUAGCAAAUCAACCCUGUGAUCCAGUACAGUAGGGGACUACAUAUCCUUGAUCAUGAGAAUUUAUAUCAAUACCAAUAUUUCCCCAAUAUCUGAACAAAUUGCUGAAGAAUGGCUUAUAAGAUCAAUGUGGAAUGUAGUCAUUAAAAUGUGGAUUUUUUUUUCAAUUGUAGAAGAACUGUGAAAAACGUUUUGCUUGUUUUCUGUAUAAAAUGCUGAGCAAAAUCAUACAAACAGGAAGAGCAUACAAUUGGUCAUGCAUUUUGAUCUGAAACAUUAAAACAGGGCUCAAGAAGGUGAAGCUUGCUUUGGAAGACCAAUCCAGGCUUGAAGCAGUGCUUCUAUUCUCAUUUGGAAAAAUCUUUCCUCUUAUACUGAAAAUCUAGCGUUUUAAAAAACUGCCCUCUCCCCAGUUUAAUAGAAUAUUAUUAGGAAGAAAAGUGUUUAGUUUCAUAAGGUUUUGCAAUUGGCAACUGUCCUUUACAUAUUUAGGCAGUUCACUUUUAUAAUUGAAAUAAGUGUAAAAUUUCUCUUUUAAGAAGGUGGCAAAUGCCAGUAUGCUACUGGUUUUAGGCAAGAAACAUAUCCACAUUUGUUUUAAGAAAAAAAAAGUGAUUUACUUUUUUUUUUUCCUUUUCUGUUUAUAAUUGAUAUUGGUAUAUUUCUUUACACUGCCCCAGCUGUGUUAGCAGCAAGAUAGGAAAGUAUUCUGAAAACCCUGACUAAACUCUUAACAUCAUUUGUCUCAUGAUGAAGUUAGAAAGUCUCAGGGCUAUAUUUUUAUGUCUUCUUUCUCCAUUUCUUUCCCAGCAUUUACGUUAAGAAGAAAAGGUGGAAAUAUGGGUUCUGGUUCUGACAUUAAAUAUUAUGGCCUUAGGAUACAAUGUCAAAGUCACAUAACAUCCCCAAGCCACCGCCUCAGUUUCCCCAAAAAUAAAAUAAGGAAGUUCAUUCUUAUCUUCUGACACAGGGAUGUUUUGAGAAUAAGUCUGAGGGGAAAAGUGUCUGAAAUCAUUUUCUGGGGAAAAAAUUUAAAAGGCUGUAUAAAACCAAGAUAGUGAUUUUUUUUUUUAAAUGACUGUUUCUGCCAGGCCAUUUUUUUAAACAUUAAAACAAAGACAAUCAACAAGUACCUACUCAAAGAAAACUCUGAAAGGUUCUUCUAAUGACUCUCAUGGGCCUACCAAAUGCUUCAGGCUCAUACUCUAAUAAUUGCUUGUGGCAUAAAUGGAUGGAGGACAGUGUUGCAAAAAUUUCAGUUGGCUCCAGACCAUGGUUGAGGUUUUGUAUUAUUCAUUUUUAAUGGUUCUAAUACUUUCUGGCUCUGGGACUUUGAGAAAGUCACUUCACAUCUCUUAUGCUGGAUUCUCUCAUCUACAAAAUUAAGAUAAAAUAGUUCCUACCUCAUAAGAUGUUGCAAGGAUUAAGUGUCUAAGAUUGACUUUGGCAAACUACGGCUUGUGAGCCAAACCUGGCCCAAUGAAUGUUUCUGUAGAGCUUGCAAGCUAAGAAUUAUUUCUACCUUUUUUAAAUAGUUGAGAAAAAUGAAAAGAAGAAUAAUGUUUCCUGACAUGUGAAAAAUGUAUGAAACUCAGGCUUCAGCAUUCAUAAAUAAAGUUUUAUUGGAACAUA